GAAUUCGUCAUAAUACGCGUUUGGGCUUAUUUAUCGACGUGACUCGAAGCUCGUUUCUCGAACAACCCACUUCUAGCCGACGUCUUCGAUUAAACACCCCUCGAUUCGAUAUCUGUAUUUUGUAAACAAGGACUAACUUCCUCGAAUUGCCACCAGCGCGACUACGUCAAAACAUCUAUUACAAUGUCAAACGGUAGGAAGUUGAUGUCCCUCGAGGCAGCGCUUGAGGAGGAACGGAAGGAGGUCGAGAGUCUAAUGUCGUCGCUGCAACAACCUAGAAGAGCUCCGUCGGUUGGUCACCGAUCUCCUUCUCCAUUUGCGAGUCCUCGAUCGCCUGUUCGAAGCAUGCUAGACAUUGGCGAAGUGUCUAGAAAUGCAACUCGUAGCCCUCCAAUUCGUAGCAUGCUAGACGUCGAUGGUCCUCCAAUCCAGACGAGAAGCAUGCUAGAUGUUGGCAGACCGUCUUCCAAUGUCCCGAAAAGCACGCCUGUUUCACCGACACUCUCUUACAAGGCCCCAGCUUUGGACAAUCCGAGUCGUGGUAGAAGUAUGUCGGAUGCUGCCUCGACUCCCGUUGUAGACCUUGGGCCGCGGUCGUCGCCUCUGCCGAGUCCAAGGAGCACUGACCCAACAUCUGCCUAUAAGUUUCAUGAUAUACUGCCAACCAAUGUCGGCCAAUCUAUGCCGAUCAGACGUGGUCAAAAUGCCAUGCGAUCAAGCUCUAUAGGUGAAGCGCUUCGCGGACCUGACUUAUCCAACCUAGUGCUUCCUGGAGAACACGGGCGCUUUUCAAGGAAAACCAACAAGUCAAAGUCACCUAACAACCGUUUUAAUCUGCGUUCAAACUCGCCAUUCGGGAACCCUUCUGGGCGCAAUCAGACACAGGACAUUAUGAUGACCAAUGGUCAGGUAUUGGACAUGAACAAUGCUUAUAGGAAAUUGUCGGAUGCCAACUUACUCUAUGGUGGCUCUAACUUAGCAUCCUUGGCACGUAAGAGGCAAGACAGCGAGGGGCACGGUCGAAUAGAAAAGGACAAUCUAAGUCCUUACGGAGAACUGCUCCCAGAUGAAAGUGAUGACGACGUUGGGAACUCGUCCGACGAAGAAAUGCAAAGGGGGAGAAAACUCACUCCGCGCGCUAAGUCGCAAGAUUCUGAAGAUGGGAACACAGCUAAGAGUCUACUCGCUGCUAUUGAAGAUGAGCGAAAACAUGUCAAUGCUACUCAACCUCAGUACAGAUCACUCUUCGAUGAGCCCGAGAUUACAAUUACAAGUCCCGGAGGAGAUAAAGGGAGGCUGAGCAAGGGUGGAAAGCCAGUCGUUCAACCGUCCACUAGUUUUGAUCAGGAACCUCUGUCUGGCACCCAAACGCCCUUCGACCCAGAUCUAGAUGCCGACGUCGAUGCUAUCAAAGCUGCACAGGGGCUACAAUUAUCCUCUACCCCAAUUCUCUCGACCCCUGAGGUUCACCGCUCCCUCCGUAUUCUCUACCGUGGUGAAUUUACCAGAAUACAGCGAGAGGCAGAGGACGAACACCGGCGCUUACGCAAGUACCUAGUGGCGACGGAUCUUAGUGAUGAGUCUACCCACGCGUUGGAAUGGGCCGUCGGAACCGUGCUUCGCGAUGGCGAUACACUAAUAGCUAUGUAUUGCAUGGAUGAGGAGGCCAGUGGAUCGGUUGAUGCCAGCAAUAUGGUACCAGACGAACCCAAGGCGAUGAAGGAGCAAGCGAUGGCCAUUAGCGCAAUUUCCAAGGGCAUGUCCAGACCCUCGUACCGUACUUCUAGUCCCGGCCCGUUUAAGAUGCAAGGAUCUUCGAUGUCACCGCAUAUCCGAGCUAUCGACGGUGGCGGCAGCAAUAAUCCCUCUCCGGCGCCUAGUUCUCGCGGGAAAAGCAGAUUACAAGAAGAGAGGGAUCGAGCUGUUCAGGACAUUACCGAGCGGGUCUCAAAAUUGCUCCGGAAGACGCAGUUACAGGUACGGGUGAUCGUAGAAGUGAUUCAUUGCAAGAAUCCCAAGCAUCUGAUCACAGAGGUGAUCGAUAUUUUGAAUCCGACUUUGGUAAUUCUAGGAAGCCGUGGUAGGAGCGCUUUGAAAGGGACGCUCCUUGGAUCUUUCUCAAAUUACCUAGUAACCAAGAGCUCAGUCCCUGUCAUGGUUGCGCGUAAGCGAUUACGCAAAAAGAGCAAAUAUCAACCACCGCCGGUGAAGCAAGUAAAUAACUUGGCUAAUCCGUCGGCAAGGAGUCUCGAGAUGGCAAGAGUUGAUUAGUCGUUUUAACAACGAACCAUCAGCUAGACACAACCUUUACAAGGAACCAAGAACAGGGCCCCUUGCCAUUUAGGAGGGGUAGGCAACGCCAACCCCAGAAUGUGCCCCCAGACCGACGGCAACUAUCUGAAGGAUAGAUACUAAGCAGGACGCAAGGUCCGAACAAUCCUCUACUCGGUAUAUCUGCAUCAUACAAAUCGAGUCGGUUCCUGGGUACCUAUAUGACUUGUCCGUCGGAGCGUUUAUUCAGGGUUAUGAAGCUAUGAGCGUGUUUUUAUCAGGUCGAGUUUCAUCGGAUAGGUAGUGAUAGGAAAAAAAAUCCAUUACGUUCAUUUCCCUCCGCCUCUAAG